GAAGCCUAGGCAGAAGAAAAUGCCAUCGGUAGUCAAUCAACUGGAACCAUACAACAUUUCUGAGGACAUCUUGUCAAUGAAAGCAAAUGCGACAUAUGGGCAAGCCAAACCUCCAGCUGAAUCGAAUCAAGUGAGUUCAGUAGAUGUCCCAAAAACAACUGUCGCCAAAUGUUAUGUGUGGAUCGGAAACAAGAUGAUGAUUGCCAUCCUAGACAUGGGAGCAGCG